CGCCGUCCGUAUUCCGCCGCCGUCCGGUACGGUACUUAUCUGUAAUCACUAAAUUCUUACUUAAUUGAAAGCAUCGGCGUCAUCUGAGCUUUUUCUAGUGUGCUCGAACCUGUUCGGUGUUUCUAAGAGUUGAACAUACGAAUGACGACGUCAGGGUAUCAUCUCAGAUAUCUAGUGGAAGAAGCACAAGUCCGGUGGCUAAAGCCUGGAGAGGUGCUCUUCAUACUGCAGAGUUUUGAGGAAAAGCAGCUCACGCACGAGCCCCCUCAAAAGCCACCAAGCGGCUCUUUGUUUCUCUUUGACAGGAAGGCCUUGAGGUUUUUCCGUAGAGACGGUCAUAGUUGGAGGAAAAAGAAGGAUGGAAAAAAUCUUGGGGAAGCACAUGAACGUCUAAAGGUUGGAAAUGUUGAAGCUUUGAAUUGCUACUAUGCGCAUGGUGAGCAGAAUCCUAAUUUCCAGAGGCGUAGCUAUUGGAUGUUGAAUUCGGAAAUGGAGCAUAUUGUGCUUGUUCAUUACAGAGAUACAACCAUGCACCAGACAAUAACUUUUUACAAGGGUAGGAAAAUCGUUGGACCCCUUUCAGUGUCGUCUCCAGGAUCUUCAACUCCUGUUCAGAGUCCCAUCUCCUAUGCCAGUCAGCUUACUAGGUCUGCUGCUGCUUCUAGUGAAAUUGGUGAACCUUAUGAGAGCACCUCUAGUCCGAGUUGCAUUGAAGUUACUUCAAGUUUACUUAAUAAGGACGAGGGAAGCAGUCACUUGAAUAUAAUGGAAGGAACAGAAGGAAUUAGUGGUUCACCUAACUCUGAGAUUGAUCAGGCAUUGCGAAGGAUCGAGGAGCAGUUAAGUUUGGAUGAGGACCAGUUGAAAGACAUUGGUGCUUUCUACAGUGAGAAUGAGGAUUCAUAUGAUUCUGGUCUCACGGUGGAUGAACAAAGCUAUAAUGCAUUUAGUGGGAUGCAAGGUCACAGUGGAAGAUUACACGAGUACCAGCAACAAUCACAGGAUAAAUUUACUUCUACAAGUCAACAAACUUCAUUUUGGAAGGAUAUGCUAAUUUACGAUGGGGGUGCAGCAGGUGAUGGGGAGUCACAAGAGGAUCAAGUUUACCCAGGGGACAAAAAUGGAAUACACCUACCUCAACCAAGAGAUUAUCCGGUGGAAAAGCAAGAAAACUGUUAUUCUGGAGAUAACGGUGCAAAGAAUGACCAUUUAAAAUUUUCUUCGUAUACCCAUGCAAAAAAUAUGUAUGGAAGUGAUCCAGACUUCCGCCCAGCAACUUUUGACCAAGAACAUAUUCAAAUGCCUCUUGAAUCGGACUCAAGCUUAACUAUUUCACAAGAGCAGAAAUUUACUAUUCGAGAGAUAUCUCCAGGAUGGGGUUAUGCAACUGAAUCAACUAAGGUACUCAUCAUUGGGACAUUUACAUGUGAUCCAACCAAAUGUGACUGGACUUGUAUGUUUGGUGACAUUGGAGUUCCUGUCGAUAUUAUUCAGGACGGAGUCAUCUGUUGCCAGGCUCCUCCUUGUUUACCUGGAAAAGUUACUGUUUGUAUUACCUCUGGCAAUCAAGAGGCUUGUAGUGAGAUAAGCGAGUUUGAAUACCGUGAUAAACCAAAUAGUUAUGGACAUGCUAAUUCAAUAGAGAAAGAAUCACAUUGGAGCUUGGAAGAAUUAUUGAUACUUGUCAGACUAGUGCAAAUGCUACUGUCUGAUCAAGUUACACAAAAAAGAGAGAGCACGAGAACUGAUCUUCUGGCCAGUUCAAUGGCUGGUGAGGACACAUGGGGUCAAGUCAUUGAGGCUCUUUUAGAUGGCAGUUUGGCAUCAUCUAGUGCAACAGACUGGGUCCUGGAAGAACUUCUAAAAGACAAGUUGCAGCAAUGGCUUUCUUCUAGACUGCAGGAUAACAAUGCUCCUCCGGCCUUGUCCAGAAGGGAACAAGGGAUAAUACACAUGAUUUCUGGAUUGGGCUUCUGGUGGGCCUUGAAACCGAUACUUAAUUCCGGAGUCAGCAUAAAUUUUCGUGACAUCAAUGGCUGGACUGCUCUUCAUUGGGCUGCUCGUUUUGGGAGGGAAAAGAUGGUAGCUGAACUACUAGCUUCUGGUGCAUUUGCUGGAGCAGUUACAGAUCCUAGUAAUCAAGAUCCAACUGGGAAAACUCCAGCAUCUAUAGCUUUUGCAUGUGGACACAAAGGACUUGCAGGUUAUCUCUCGGAGAUGGCACUCACCGGCCAUCUUUCAUCCCUCACGCUACAACAAACUGAACUCUCUCUAAGUUCUGCUGAUAUCGAAGCAGAAAGAACAGUAAAUAGUCUCUCAAACACAAAUCUUGUUAUGAACGAUGAUCACCUUUCUCUGAAAGACACAUUAGCUGCUGUGAGGAAUGCAACGCAGGCUGCUGCACGCAUACAAUCUGCCUUCAGAGCGCAUUCUUUUAGGAGGAGGCAACAGAAGGAAUCCGCUGCAUCUGGCAGUGAAGAUGAAUAUGGUAUCUUUUCAAGCGACAUCGAGGGUCUCUCUGCAGCAUCAAAGUUGACUUUCCGGAAUGCACAUGAUCAUUAUGCUGCCUUAUCUAUCCAGAAGAAAUAUCGAGGUUGGAGAGGUCGCAAGGAUUUCCUUGCACUUCGCCAGAAAGUAGUUAAAAUACAGGCUCAUGUAAGAGGUCACCAGGUAAGGAAAAGUUAUAAAGUCAUCUGUUGGGCUGUGGGUAUGGUUGAGAAAAUCAUCUUAAGGUGGCGCCGGAAAGGAACUGGUUUGCGAGGAUAUCGUCAAGAAUCGCCGUCUGUUGACGAAGGUGAAGAUGAAGACGUUGUGAAGGCAUUUCGGAAGCAGAAAGUGGACGUCGCUGUUGGUGAAGCCGUUGCAAGGGUACUCUCCAUGGUGGACUCCCAACCAGCACAGCAGCAAUACCGCCGCAUGCUUGAAAACCAUCGGCAAGCCAAGGCGGAGCGUGGAGGUGAUGUAACCAAUAUGGAAAAGGAUGACUUGUAUUAGUUUUUCAACAGGAAUACAUUGGGUCUUAAUUAGAUGAUAGAUAUGGCCUUAUGAUUCACUUCUGUAGGUACAGACUUGUAUAUACGUGUAUGAAUGGAAGUGCUCUUGUAUUUUUAUU